UACAGAAAAAAAAAGUGACAUUGGGUGCAACAUACGAGGAUUUUGUAACAAAAAAUAUACAUUUAAUGAGAUCCCUGUUCUUGUACACGCGUUUAAAUGACCUAAGGAAUAGGAUUCCUCACCUAUAGCUGACAUGUUUUAGAUUAUGCAAUGACAUUUUAAUAAAAUCAUGUGAUGAAAAAACUCAUCAAUUCAGGAUGUACUGAACCAUGAGAGAAGAAAACUGAGUCGUCAAAAUGUCCAAUGUCGCUGAUUCAUUAACUCAGUUCAUUGUGACUGAUGAGAAUGAUGAGAACAGCCAGAGUCUGUUCAUACCUGAGGGAACAUUCCGGGGAUGGGUGCCUCGGUCGUUAUAUUCUCUGUCACCCAAGGAGGUCUGUUUACCCUUCCUGCGCUUGUUGAGUUUCCCAGUUGGCGGGACGGCUAUUGGUUCACUCUCCAGAAAUUUAACAGUAUUCGAGGCUGUUGGCAAUUGUCUUUCACGGCUCCCUGUUUCAUUUGCUGAAUGUUCAGGUCUCAAAAAAUUGGACUUGUCAUUCAAUCAGUUCACAGAAAUACCCUUCCCUGUAUAUAACCUUAGACAAUUAGAAGAGUUAAUUAUAGAGCAUAAUGAUCUAGAAAUUCUUAGUUCAUCAAUUGAGUAUUUAAAAAAUUUGAGAGUUCUAAAGCUUGGUGGGAAUUUAUUAUCUGACGUGCCAGAAGAACUGAGGAGAUGUCGUAGAAUUCAAAUAUUAAACCUGUCCGGCAAGUUCUACCCCAGGGGCAACCUAACAGUCUUUCCAGAGUGUAUCUGCAGCCUGACUGAACUGGUCAGUUUGGAUUUAUCCUGGCAGCAAAUUAAAAACAUCCCUGACGCCUUUGGGAACCUGCGCAAGUUGAAAGUUUUAAUUUUAAAGUGGAAUCAACUCCAGCGAGUUUCUCCUGAGCUGCGCAGAUGCACACGACUUCGGGAAGUUGAUUUGUCUGGGGCGCUACGUCUUAUGUCUGCAAUUCCAGAGGCCUUGUUUAGCCUGGAGGAUCUUAAUAAACUUUAUCUGAGUGAUAAUUUUUUUACUGACAUCCCUCACCAAGUUUGUGGCUUGGUCAAGCUGAAUUGCCUGGUUGUGCAGCGUAACUCCCUGCUACGGUUGUCACCUGACCUGUACAAGCUCAGGUACCUGGAACAUCUGGAGCUUAGUGAGAACUUUCUAGACACUCUGCCUCCUGGUUUAAGAAACUUAAAAAGACUUCGCUAUUUGGGUUUAUGUAGAAACUGUUUGACUGAAUUACCUGAUGAAAUAUGUUCCUUGGAGCAGCUUUGUUACCUGGAGUUAGGUAACAAUAAAAUUACACAGCUCCCAGAGAGAAUCUACCUACUCCACAACCUGAGCACGCUGGAUGUGGAGAACAACCAACUGACAGAGGUUCCUCUGCUCAUGGACCAGCUAGAGAUGCUGGCUGAGAACAAUGGCCUGCACAUCAGCAACAACAACCUGCGCAGUCCCUUCAAGGAGAUCAGUGAACAGGGCACUCUAGCUCUGUUUGAGUUCCUUAAAGGCAUCAGACUGAAGGAGGCCCACCACAGAUGGAAGAUGAUUCUAAUCGGAGCAGCCCAGGCAGGCAAGACCAGCUUAAGACAAGCCCUCAUGCUCGGCCGCUCCAAGCUGACCGCUGAACACGAGAGGACCUGGGUCAUGGAGCGCCACCUGUGGGAGCCUGAGUCUAGGCUUAGGGUUCAGAUUCUUGACUUUGGAGGCCACCACAUCUACCAGGCAGCACACCACAUGUUUCUCUCCCCUGAUGCCCUGCAUGUCCUGGUUUUUGACCUGACCAAAUACUCCUCAGAGGUUUAUGAUGAUUUGAUUGGUCACUGGCUAGAGGCCAUCAUGGACAGAGCUGCCGGAGCUAAAAUUGUCAUAGUGGGGACACACUGUGACCUUUGCACUUUGGAGGAGAUAUCUGAAAAUGUGGACGACAUCAUGCGGCUGAUGAAGAGACACGAGGACAUGAAACGUCAGCAAAUACAAAAGGAAAUUGACCAGAUCAACGCAGCGCUGGACAGGCCAGACUCUAGAGAAGUCAGUGCUGGCAUCCCAGAGAUUGGGGUGGACAGGAUGAAAGACAAACUCAAGAAACUGGAGAAGAUGUUGAAUGUUAGAUCUAAGAUACCCGAGCAGAUCUACGUGGUCAGCUGUGCUGACAACCUGCUGGGUGUGUCAGACCUGCGAGAUUUUCUCAUCUUCAAGUUCAAGUCAGAACCUGUCACAGCCCUACCUGAGCACUGGUUCCUCUUCCUGGAGACCAUACAACAGGUGCCAGACAAGGUCAUACGGCUGGACAACACCUUGGAUCUAUUCAUACAGGUGAUGUCAGACAGCCACAAGUCUAUGAUGGGAAUGGCCGGCUCCCCAGAGCGUAGCCUAGAGAUGGUGCUGAAAUAUUUCCACUCCACUGGCGAGAUUGUCUGGUACUCAGAUAACGAGGAGCUGCGCGGCACUGUGUUCCACAAGCCUGAGGCCCUGAUUGACAUGCUGCGCGCUGUCUUCAGGCACGACUUCCAGGACGUCGUCUACUACGAUAAAACCAUCGGAGAAACUUUGUCCAUCAGGGAAAACUCUUUUGAUAAAAUGAAAAGAGAUUUCAUGAAGAAAGGUCUGCUGACUAAAGAAAUGCUGGGCUAUCUGUUGAUACAUUUUAAACUGUCAGAAGAUGGGCCGGAGACUUUUAUUGCUUUGAUCCUGUCACUCAUGAUCAAAUUUAACCUGUGCUUUGAGUUGAAAAACUCGACAACCAACGCCCUACAUGGCUCGUCACAGAUUGUUCAAUUCCCUUGGUUCUUCCCUCAAGACAAGCCCUUAGAUUUCUACAAAACCUGGCCUGCCACGGUGCCGUACAACACUUUUGAGCUGAGCAUGGAGAUUUUCUUUGACGGUAAAGCCCCGCCCAAUUUCUUUGAAAAACUUUCCGUAAAGCUGCACAGUUUCCUGUGUGACGGGAGCCGCAUCAACUGGAAGGAUGGGGUUCUGGCGGAGAAAAACUUCUCCAAGCUCCUGGUUGUCAGGGAGAAGAGGAAUGGUUCUACGGUUGUCGUGGUAACCGCCCGUGGGGAGUCAGACCUUCAAGAACUCUGGUCAUUGAUUCUAAACGUGCAUGAAGUGUCCACAGAGCUGUUCAAAGACUGGCCUCUGAUGAAGUGUGAGAUUCUGUUGGUGUGUAUGCACUGUGUGCUGAAAGGGGCUGAGGACCCCUACAGGUACCCUGGUUACGUGCUCAAGCAUUCAAUACCCAAGGGAGUCUACUCUAUGAAAUGUUGUGACAAGUUCCCUGAUGAACUCGUUCCCACCUGUUUUGUUUUUCCUUUAGAUGAAACGGACCGCGAGGACCUCCAGAAAUACAUGAAGUCUGCCACAGAUUUUAUGAGUAAAACUUGUGAUGUUGUCGAUGGCCCAGGCAACAACCACAUCCUGACAGACGGAAGCCUGGCCGUUGUGGCCUCCAAUCUGGGCGUGAACUGGACGAUUGUGGCCCUCAAUCUUGGCCUAACACAAUCCAGGAUUGAACAGCUACACAUGGACCACCCACAUGACGUCUACCAACAGAUCCUAAAAGCCCUGAUACAGUGGAGAAACACAGACCAAGCCAACAGCCCUGAAGAGAAGGUCCAGCAGUUGUUUCAAGUCCUCAGUAGUGAGCAGGUUGGACGUCUGGACAUAGUCGAGGAUUUAAAGAAGAAAUUUGGCUUGUGAUAAAUGCUUUAGAAACUACUCAUCUAUUUUCUAUAGAAACUAUGUACAGCGCUCAGUAUAAAAUACCUAAGUUACAAGAACCAUAAUGUGAUUCUGGCAUUUCUGGUUACCAUUUGUUGUUAUUGUUGUUACACAGACCUGAUGUACCUGCUGUAGUGGUCAUGUGACAACUGUGGUCAUGUGACAACUGUGGUCAUGUGACAACCGGGUCAUGUGACAAAAUAUUGGACUUCUAGUUUACUAAUACAGUGUCAGACUUAUGAUGUAAAUCAGGGGUCUCCAAAGUUUUCAGCCCGAGGGCCGCAUUAGCUAUCAAAUAUAAGUUCGGGGGCCAGAGUUUCUUCCAGGCAUCUCUUCGCGGAGGCGCAUCCCCCCACCCUCGCCCCCAACGGAAUAUAUAUAUAUAUAUAAUAUACACAUUUCAAGUGCCCCCCUACCGAGAAAUAAGGUCUGAAAGAAAUACGUUCGGGGACCGACAACGCACUCGAGGUCCAAGUUUGUUCUCAAAUUGUUCGUCACGUAGGCUUUCUUCAUUCUUGACAAAGUUUGUAUGUUGUUCCGAAAUUUGAAAGGUGCUUUAAUGCAAAAGUUUUAAUAUUAGGAAAUCUUCCUUGGGCAAAUACUUAUAAAACCCACCCGCCGUUAUUUCAACUUGUCUUUAAUGAGGUCAUUUGCUGGGCAACUGGUCACAUCUAUAUAUAUAAUUCUCUUCUGGGAGCCGUUAGAAAACAAGCUGCAAAAGCGCCUUAAACUCUCCUUUCUUCCUCUCUAUCGCUACCACCCCCCACCCCCCACCCCCUCACAUGGUCUGGUGAGCUGUGGUUCAUGCUGUUUACAUUUUACAAUCAUAGAGACGGGUUUGGUGACGGCUAUUAGGGGCAGAUAAUUUAGUUUGAAACGAUUUUAAAAUUAGAGGAGGUAACUAAGA